UCAGGAUCUUGAAGAACAUGCAGGGCCUAUACAAAUAUUAAGAAACUACCCAGUAAAAGGAUUUUGUAUAAAGUAUUUCAAUGUCCAGAAUAUGGAUGACAUUGUUAAUUGGGCAUUUUUGAUAAUAGACUAUUUGCAAAAUAAACAAAUAGCACACAAUAUAUAUAUUACGAGAGGUAAAUCAAAUAUUAAAGAAAAUAAAGAGGAGUACAGAGACGUAAGAAUUUAUAUUUGGGCUAGAAAAUCUACUCAAGGUGCAAAAGAUAUUCAUGCGUUCAAUCUGGCAGCUUGCGAACUUUUUGGACACUUGUCAAUAAAAUGUGAGUAAUUGUUAGUAUAUAUACAUAUAUAUUCCUAAUCAUAUUCUUAUCAGUUUCCUAGUAUAUUCAUAAAAA